GCCAACCAAUAGGGUUUGUUGAGGUAUAUAAUUGUGUGAAGCCAUUGUUCUGGUGCUUUCUCUGUGAUUUAUAAAUGGUUACAGUCACUAGCUUUAAUCCACACACCAGCCCAACGAUGAUCUCUGCAAUAUUCCUGCUCUGUUUCUUAUAUGCUGGAGGUGAAGCAGGUAAAAAUAGAGAAUAUUGGUUUGCCAUUAAUGAAAUAACAUGGAAUUAUGCUCCCAGUGGCUUCAAUGUCAUUUCUGGAAAACCUGUUAAUGUGGAUGAGGAUGCCAGCAUCUAUUUAAAACAGGACACCAACAGAAUAGGCAGCACCUAUAAAAAGGCCACCUAUAAUGAAUACACAGAUGGCUCAUACACCGAAGAAAAAAAAAAGCCAGACUGGCUGGGAUUUGUGGGUCCCAUCGUAAAAGCAGAAAUUGGUGAUAUUAUUACUAUUCAUCUUUUCAACAAUGCUUCCAGACCAUAUGGCAUACAUUCACAUGGAAUGCGAUACACAAAAGGAAAUGAAGGAGCAUUUUAUCCAGACAAUACCUCAGGAAAUGAUAAAAUUGAUGAUCAUGUCCCGCCUGGUAAGUUACGAAAUUACACGUGGCAAGUUGUGGAAGAUCAAGGCCCAACUGAAUGGGAUGAUGAUUGCAUUACCAGGAUAUAUCAUUCACACUAUGAUUCUGUACGAGACACUUACUCUGGACUUGUGGGAACCAUGAUUAUCUGUAAACCGGGGAUCCUGGGGAAAAAAAAGAAGAAAAGGGAUGAGGAAUAUGUCUUAAUGUUCACAGUGAUGAAUGAAAAUAUGAGCUGGUAUCUUGAUGAAAACAUCAAUAAUUACUGCACUAAUCCUGCUUCAGUGGAUACACAAGAUGUGGACUUUCAGAAAAGCAAUUUAAAGCACUCCAUCAAUGGAUACAUGUUUGGCAAUCUCCCUGGCCUGUCUGUAUGUGAUAAGAUAGAUGUAAAUUGGUACAUAUUUAGUGUGGGAAAUGAAUUGGAUGUGCACUCUGUUUAUUUCUAUGGUAAUGUACUGACAUACCAACACAGGCGUGUGGACACUAUCAGUCUUUUCCCUGCAUCAAUGGCCCAGGCUGCAAUGAAUACAGAAAAUCCCGGAAAGUGGCCUGUCAGCUCUCAGGUUACUGAACAUCUUCAAGCUGGAAUGCAGGCAAUGUAUGAAGUCAGGAACUGCUCCAAAGUGAGCUCUUGUCCAAAUCGUUCCACUGUUAGACGUUAUUAUAUUGCUGCAAUAGAGACCAUCUGGGAUUAUGGUCCAACCUCAAUCAACCAAUUCACUGGGCAAAACUUGACUGAACCUGGAAGUGAGUCAGCAAAAUAUUUUGUCCAAAAUGACAACAGAAUUGGAGGACGGUAUACGAAAGCCUUGUAUAGGGAAUUCACAGACUCAACCUUCACCAAGGAAAAAACGAGAUCUCAAAAGGAAAUGCAUCUCGGAAUUUUGGGUCCUCUCAUUAAGGCACUAGUAGGAGAUGCUAUUGAGGUUAUAUUUAAUAACAAAGCAAGCCGUACAUACAACAUUCAUGCCCAUGGAGUAAGCGAAGCUGAUGAUACUGUUAAAGGUUUUGCUACCAAUGAUCAGAAUGGUCAAUCUAGUGCUUCCCAUGUGGCUCCAGGGGGCAAUGUAACAUACAGAUGGACUGUACCAGAGAGUGUGGCUCCCACCAAGGAGGACCCGGACUGCAUAGCAUGGCUUUAUUAUUCAUCUGUGGAUCCAGUCAAAGACACCUACUCCGGUCUUGUGGGUCCUCUGUUAGUGUGUAAGCCUAACACUGAUCAGACAGGUAAAGAUAAUGAUUUUAUAAUGAUGCCUACUGUAUUUGAUGAGAACCAAAGCUGGUACAUCCAAGAUAACAUCAAUCAAUUUACUGGCAACCCAGAGUCAGUGGACGUGGAAGAUCCUGAUUUCGGGAAGGCUAAUACAAAACAUUCUAUCAAUGGGUACAUGUAUGGGAAUCAACCUGGCUUGAAUUUGUGUGUAGGACAUUUAGCACGCUGGCAUUUUCUGGGACUUGGUGCAGUCAUUGAUAUUCAUGGAAUUCACCUCACGGGAAAUACUUUCCAGUUAUAUAAUACCACAAGGGAUGUUGUAAGCAUAGCUCCACAUGUCUCAUUAUCUGCUGUGAUGAUACCAGACAAUGAAGGUGUUUUUAAUGUUGAAUGUAUGGUUGCUGACCAUUAUACAGCCGGCAUGAGACAGCACUACAUGGUGAAUGAAUGCGGCAAAAUCAGUGUUAAACAAUCACCUGCCUCCCGCAUUGUCACAUAUUUUAUUGCUGCUGAAGAAAUAGAUUGGAACUAUUCCCCGAGCCGUGCCUGGGAAUAUGCAAUGUAUCCUGAUAGCAAUAACAGGAUUUGUUUGCCCAGGAGCUUUGUCUUUGAUUCCAUUAAACAACCUGACACAUUGUCUAAAGCUGGACCUGGAGAUAUAUUUUUAAACAGAACAAACACAACUAUUGGUCCUAUAUAUAAGAAAGUUGUAUACCGGGGCUACACAGAUGAAACCUUUAAAAGACGCAAAAGAAGAACAAAACAAGAAGUUCAUUUAGAAAUUCAAGGUCCAAUGUUAUAUGCCAAUAUUGGUGAUAAAAUCAAAGUAAUAUUUAGGAACAAAGCUACCAGAACAUAUUCAAUGUAUGCACAUGGCUUGAAGCCAGAAAGCAAUACAAAAAAGCCAACUAAACCUGGUCAUACAGAAACAUAUGUUUGGGAUGUUCCUGAACGAGCCGGCCCUAACAAGGAUGAAACAGAUUGCUUGACAUGGGCAUACUACUCUGAUGUUGAUCCAGUAAAGGAUACCUACAGUGGAUUGAUUGGAACUAUUGUGAUUUGUAAAAGAUCAUUUAAUCCAAUAAAGGCACAAAUGAUCCCGAUCUUAAGAUUUGCUUUACUUUUUAUGAUAUUUAAUGAAAAUAUGUCCUGGUAUCUAGAUGAAAAUAUCCAAAGAUUUUGCUUAAGUCCAAAUGAAGUGGAUAAAGGGAGUAAGGAAUUUAUUGAAAGCAAUAAGAAACACAGUAUCAAUGGAAGAAUGUAUGCCAAUGCUGUUGAACUGACCAUGAGGGUUGGGAGCCAUGUAGUCUGGCACAUCAUGGGUAUGGGGAAUGAAGUGGAUAUACAUACAGCACAUUGGCAUGGCCACAGCCUGAUAUAUACGAGAGGUCGAAAACUCCAUGCGGAUGUAUUUGAAUUUCUUCCUGGCACUUUUCAAACUGCUUCAAUGAUUGCCAGAAACCCAGGAACAUGGCUUUUGCACUGCCAUGUGGAUGACCAUCUAUAUGGUGGAAUGGUGACUGUGUACACUGUGCUGGAGAGUAAGUAGAAUAUACUCAGAAAAGUCAGGCAAAAAAAAGGUCUUUGUUUUCUUGUGU